UGCAAUUGCAUCAGUCAAAGUUUUGAGAAUAACAUUGCAAAGACCGAAUUCAGCAAGUCAAUAACGAUGGCUGACCUAAGCGAGCUGGAUCAGUUGGCAACUGCCGAGCUGCAGAGGUUGCAGCGCCAGCAUCGGGGUCUCCAGCUGGACCUUCGGGGUCUCCUCGAGGAGAAGGCCAAGCGCCUGAAGAAGCAGAAUCACAUGAUCAACGUACUGCAAGUGGAGCACCAAAAGCUGAAGGAGGAGAUCAAGACUCUAGAAGGAGGCACUCAUGCGCGAAAGAACACCAAUAGAGAGAAGCACCUGGGAACUUUGCAGGAACAGCAGGCGGAUUUGCAGAGGGUGCUCCAGAAUGAGCGAACCAAUCUCUGGGAACUGGAGGGCCACAUCCGGAAAAUGGAAAAGGAGAUUGAUGCCCUGCGGCGAAACGAAGUGCCCGACAACUGCUACAAGGACACCAUCUGCAAGGUGCAGAAGAGCGUGGUCAAGUUGGAGAACCGCCUGGAUGUCGUCAACAAAAAAUGCAGCGAUGUGCUCACUGAAAACAGCAAGAUGAGGGACGCCAUAAACCACAUGUUGCAGGAUCGGGCAAACUUCAAUGACAUGUGGCAGUCGAUGGUGACCCAGUUCAACGAGGGCAAGAAGUUCAUCAUGGAUCUCAUAGACCAGUCGACCCUGGCCUUCGACCAGCGAGAAGAGCUGUGCAACAAGCUGACCGUCCUGAAGGAUCGCAACGAGAACGACAAGGUGAUGCACAUCCAGGAGAUGCGCGAGAUGCAGCGCCGCCUGGAGCACGACGCCAAGCUGCAGAAGUUCUUCGACAUCAAGGGACAAAAGCGCCUCAAUCCGGAGCUGGAGCAGCGCGAACUGGACAAGAAGCAGAGCCAGAAGGAGACCUACGAGAGGCAGCUUCUGGAGUACAAGGAGAUCAUCGAGAAGAUCAAGUUGCUCUACGGCGAGGAAGACGCGGACCGACUUGUGGCCCAGUUCAAGCGCCAGGAGGACGAGAACUUUGCCCUCUUCAACUAUGUGAACGAGCUGAGUCACGAGGUGGAAGUACUCAACGAUUCCACUCAGGAGCUUCAGGAUGAAAUAGAGCGCCAGAAGUCGGAGCAGACUGAGAAGGAGUUGAAGCUUAAGACCGAGGCACUCGACUAUCUAAAUGCCGAAAAGGAGCGGAUCGAGCAGCUGGCGGAGGAGACCAGAGAAAGGAAGCGAACCCUGAGCAUCAGAUUAGAACAGCUUCUCAAGGGCAUCGAGGAUAUAUUCAGACAAUUGGCCUGUGACGAUGCUCCCAUCCUGAAUGUGCUCAGUACCAAAACCUUUCUGACAGUCCACAAUGUGAAGCUUUUCAUUGGCGUUAUUGAACGCCGGGUCAACCUGAUCAUCAGCGCCAUAAACAUCGAGGAUAACUCCAACAAAAUACUGGCCCGAAAGGAUCGUGUUCCCAAAUUCAACAUACGGGAAUCGGCGAAAACUAAAAACUAAGAAUUGGUAGGUUUAAUUUUUCUCCAAAAUAUUAAAUGAUAACCAAA